UCCACCCACCCACCACUUCAACACCUGCCAAUGUCCAUGACAAGUGCUGUCGCUUGUAAUCUGUUCCACUAUGCCGCUUGUAGGAGCCGCUAGAUUGUGCGUUUACCUUAAAAAUGCCUGGACUUGGACGUAGUAUGUCGUAUCAGUGUUGGAUUGCGCUUGCCGGCCUUGCCUGACACCCUCGUUUUAGCAGUUGUUUGAGCGAUUUCCGUUGCUGUUCCCUGAAUUGUCCGCGAGAAGCGUUCCUAGGCUAAGCGUUAGUUGCAUUACAGCAGGACCUCUGCAUUUCUCAAUUUCUUCUGUAUCCGCUUUGCUAGAUUAGCAUUCCGCUUAUAACAAUCAGCAUCACCAGCACCAUCGAGCGACCUGGCUCAAAUCGACACCGCGCGCGCGAAGCAGGUCAUGUCGGACUCCGAGUCGCACGAGAGCGACGUCGAUCCCAUCUCCGACGUGCCCUGCAUCUCGGGCCAGCCGUCCUGCGGCGGCGCCUUCCUGCGCAACGUCUGGCCCUUCGCCGCCAGCGGAAAGAACGUUCAACGAAACAUCCUCCACAACAGCGUUCGCACGGACGUGGACGGUGCACAUGGCGCGCUUCGCGAUCCCUCUCCGGACUUGAAAGCCGACUCAGAUUCGGACGCUACCGCCGGGCACAAUGCGGAGCAGUCCGGGACCGCAGGCGGCCAUUCCUCCCCGCUGAAGCGAGGGUUUCUCGGUCGCAUGCGGGAAAGGGCGAGUUCGCCGUUCCACCUGGCUUCGGACCUGAGUCAUCGCAUGAGCAGCAGCAGCAGCGGAAGGGAUAAGUCGCCGGGACGCGUCGCGGCUUCGAAGCGACGCGGCAAGUCCGACCGCUCCCCGCAGCGCAGCCGCUCGAACAAGUCGCCGCUUCGCGCGUCGGCAACUUCAGAGGAAAGCGACGCGGUUGCCAAGGCUGCCGCUUCGGAGGAGAAUGCGGCGAGAGAUCAGGCGUCUGGAGCGGGGUUGAGCCAGACCGUUAGCGAAGGAGCUGUUUUAGGAGAUGGUGGUGAUGUGACUGUAGAGAGAGUGACUGUAAGUGAGUCAGCGGCGGUGGGGAUGGAUAUAAGCGGCGAUGACGAGGCUGUGUCGGCGUAUAAGCCGAAGGAUGCGCAGAGAAUCGCGGAAAAUUCGCCGUCGGAUCAGGGCUCCUCGGAGCAGAGCGUAUCUCAACCGUCGAUUGGGCAGGAGAAGAAUCCCUCGAAGGAAUUGCAACCGCAGGAUGAUCAAUUAGCAAGUUUGCCAUCAGCAGCCGUCGCUUCUGCCGCCGCGAUUUCCGGCGUGAGACACGGGAAGGAGGAGAUGGAAGAGCAGGCGAUGGAGCACGAGAUGCAGGAGCUGACCGUGAGCGAGGGGCUGGGCGGCACUGGGCUGGGCGGCACUGGGCUGGGCGGCACUGGUUUGGGCGGCAGUGCUGCUCUUGCGAUGGCGGUAGCGGAUACAGGGGAUGAGAAACGGAGAGACGAGGAGGGGGCAGGCGGAAAGGGAGGGGAGGAGGAGCGCGAGAAGGUUGAGGAUGCGCAUGUUGCUGAGACUCUUCCCUCACCCGUGGCUCCGCAGCGUGCGGCACCUGAGGACGAGCCGGUGAUGCUAGACAGCUUGGACAGGUGUCUGAAGCUCUUGAGCUCGGGCAACAAGAGCAAGGUCACCAUGGCCCUCGUGGCGGUGCUCGCCUACGUGGCGUCCGGUGACGUGGACAACAUGAACAACGUGUACGACGCCCUGCCAUUCGCUCUGCUCGAGGAGGCAUUCGCCGCGGCUGUAGCCAAAGGAAGUUCGGGCCCCAACGGGAUGGUGGAGGAGGAGGAGCUGGUGCACGCGGCGCUAGCGGUGCUGGCGCUGCUGCUGCAGGAGCCGGACCUUGCCUACGCGCCGCAGACCAUGCCGCUCGUGCCGCACCUCGUCGGACUCAUCCGCAGCGGCUACGACCCAGUGGUGGCGGUGGAUGCGUACGAGUGCCUUCUGGGCGUGGCCACGGGGUCGGAUGCGGGGCUCAAGGCGGUCAAGGGCGCGGACGUGCUGGGGGUGGUGGCAGAAAACAUCCAGCGGUCCGAGCCAGGCUGCGAGUCCCUCCCGUCCGCCAUCCAGCUGCUGGGGUUCCUCUUCAUGAGUGGCGUGUCGGACAUCGAGAUGUACGAGUACAAGCACGAGCUCGCCGCUGCUGUGCCCACGCUAGCACGCGAGCUGGCCCAGCGCACGGACAUGCUCAAGUACGAGGUGCUCAAGCUGCUCGUCGCCAUGCUGUCAUCCGACGCUGCGGAGCCAGUAAAGUCAGUGGUGCAGACCUUUGACUCGGGCAGCGAGGGCCGGCAGUGGGCGCACCACAUGCGAGCCGGUCUGGCCGGCAUUCUCCUCGACAGCACCGAGGAGGAGUUCAGAAAGGACGCGCUGCAGCUCGUGCGCGUGCUGGCCGAGAUUCAAGGGCACGCCUGGCUUGUGGAAUCUGGGGACGAGGGGAGCGGAGACGGGGUGGGUGUGAAUGGGUUGAGUGCGGUGCGGCCGUCGCCGGCGGAUCGGUUCCUGCUAGUGGUGCUACAGGCGGUGAAGCUGGAGAUGCCUCCGUUGUUGCAGGAACUGGCUGUGCUCACCCUUGAGAACGAGGAGGAGGAAGGGAAGGAGGGGGGUGAAGGUGGGGAGGGAGGGGAGGGAGAGGAGGGGGAGGGAGCGGUGGACGGCGAGGAAAAGGACAAGAUGAACGCGGAUGCGGCGUGGGCUGCGCUGGGCGGCAAUCUGGACCGUUUCGGGCCGGGAAACGCUGGGAAAGCAGGGGGAGGGUUGGGCAGAGCAGGGGGGUUAGGCAAGGGGGAGAUCACACGAAUGAACUCGUUAGUGCCUACCAGCGAGGACUGGAGAUCUGUUGUCAAUGAGAUGGUGUGGGAACCUCCCAAGGAUGGGGAUGAUGAUGCAGGGGCGUUGCAGAUAGAGGAGGAGGUGCCAGAGGAGACUGGACCUCCGGAGGAGGUUAAGAGGCUGUACAGGGUGCUCGGGGACUGCUAUGCACUGGUUGAGAAGGUCGUUGGUGCCUUGGCUGGGGCGGCGGCAGAGGCGGAGAAAGGGAGAGGGAAGGGAGCAGGAGAGGAGAAGGAUGGGGAGGAGGGAGGGAAGGAGGUGCAGGCGCUGGUGGCGAGGUUAGGGGUUGAAACGGUGAAGCUGUGUGUGAAGAUAAUCGAUGCGAUUGUUAAGGACGUCCUUAUUUUCUUGCAGCUCGCACAGGAGCGGGAGCGGUAUUCGCACGAUGGGGUCCUUGCUGCCAUCAAGCUAUUGGGGAGCUACCUGACAGUGGCGCCUUCCUCGCAUCGCAAGAGAGUGGGGCGGCUGCUGGGCUUCAUGCUGGGGGUCAAGGGCGAGGACGAGGACAGGCCUCUGCUGGCGUCGCGCUACCUGCUGCCUGCCCUGGUGCACAUGAGCAGUGAGGCCCGCGGCUGCAACACCAUCCUCAAACGCGGCGGCCACAGAUUCCUGAUCGAGUACAUUGCGGAGACGGGCCGCACCAACAUGACGGGGCAGCUGCGGUCGGGGGCAGAGGGGCAGACCAGCCUCAUGCAGGCUGCUGACGUCAUCCUUAACCUCUUCUCCUUCCGGCGCAACAUCAAGGUGCCUUUAGACCCGCAUGACUUUGUGCCGCUGCUCGCAUCCAUGGGCGCUUGGAGCAGCGUCAAGAGCACGGACCCUAAGAUCACCUACAAGACGCUGGCGAUGGCGGCAUGCGUGAACGUGUCGAUGCUGCAGCUCUCCUCAGAAGACAUCAUCAAGAAGAAGCUCGACCUCGCAACCUACAAGAAGCUUCCCAGCUCGCUGGGCGUGAUUGUCAAGUUCCUGGAGUUUGGGCACCGCAACUGCAACUCGUUUAGUAGCGAGACAGAGAUCAAGGAGCUCUGGGACAUCACCCUCGGAUCCUGCACGGACUGUCUGCUGCUGUGGCCUCAGCUCAAGCGAGCCAUUGUCAAGUCGGAGUACUGGGCUCGUGUCUCCAGGCAAAAAGCCGUGACCCAGGAGCGCCUCAACCAGGUGUGCAAGGACGAGAGGCUCCGCAAACUGCUGGCCCUCGUCGCCUUCUCCAACUGACCCAUCCCCCACCCUCCCCCCCCUCCCCCCCCCUCUUCCCCCUCUCCUCCAACUGACCCCCCCUCGCGUCACCUCCCGCACGCUCCUCCCCCUCUCCUCCAACUGACAUACACCAACGCCCACUCCCUUUUUCUCCCUCUCUUUUAUUAGCUACCUUUUUGUAUCCCCCCUGCUCUGCCCCCCCCUCCACCCCCAACCUCACCUAACAACCACAUUAUUCCCCAACCCAAUCCCUGCACGCCAACUAAUCAUUGUACCUAAGCUCCCUCGCACCUUGCUCCGGCUGCAAUCAGCGGACGGCUACUGCUGUCCCCCUUAUUGAAAUGGAAGGUUCUAAACAUCCCUGCCAGCCACACAUAGCCCUCCUAUUGUAACCGCAUACCCUGUACUGGGGCGAAGCCAAGGAUAGCGGCUUGCUGUCUGACUGCCUGAAGAAAUGUAUCCUGUGCCUGCUGGUCAGGGUAUUGUGGUUCUCAGCUUGCUAUCUAGCCAUCUCACCGUUUCCACUUGUGGCAUUUGUGGAUACCUUGCCAUUAGUCAAAUUCACUGAGUUGUGUAACACCUCGUAUGUCAAGAAGAUACCUU